AUCGGUUUUAAGCCGCCUCUAUACAAACAAAGGAAUGAAAAAAUUGUAGAAAUUGUUAAAUCAUUUAAAGAUCUUACUAAGAUUAUAGAUCUUGGAUGUGGUGAAUGUAGAUUGUUAAGAAGUGUCAAGAAAUUGGACAGAAUUGAACAAAUAAUUGGAAUUGAUUGCAAUAAGGAGAUACUAGAAGAUAAUUUUUACUCACUUAAGCCUUUGAAUUUUCAGUACUUGAUACCAAGGAGCAAUCCUCUUACCAUCAACAUUUUUCAUGCUGAUUUUUUAAAAACCGAUCUGUCACACCUCCGAAGCUCAAAUCAAGCAGUCAUUUUGUCCGAAGUGAUAGAACAUUUGAAUGAAAAUGACUUGCCCAGACUUGUCAAGGUAAUUUUUUAUGAAAUUAACCCUGAUAUAGUAUUGAUUUCAACACCAAAUGCAGAUUUCAAUAUUUGUUUCAACUUUAAUAAAAGUGGAAUAAAGUUUCGGCACUUUGAUCACAAGUUUGAAUGGACAAGAGCAGAAUUUUCCAAUUGGUGUAAUGGCAUUGUUUCAAGAUAUGCUUACAACGUUGUAUAUGAUGGAGUUGGUCUUCCUCCUGUUAAUCAUGUCAGUGUUGGUUACUGCACUCAAAUUGCAAUAUUCAAAAAG